AUGGUUAAAUAUUGGUAUAGCACAGUUUUAAGAGGAAAUUGGAGACACCAUUAUAUUGGGAUGAGUCAGAUACCAGGAAAGGAGUUAAAUGGAACAACUGCCCGAAGUCAAGAUCUGGUUCCUUGUACAACCUGUGGAAGACAUUUUGCACAAGAUGUUCUGCUGAGACAUGAUCCAAUAUGCAAGAAAGUCUUCAACAAGAAGCGCAAGCCCUUCAACUCUUUGAAACAGAGACUGCAGGGAACAGAAAUCACCACUGUGAAGAAGCAGCCCCCACAAAAGAAUCAGCCAGGGAAGAAAUCUAACUGGAGGCAGCACCAUGAGGAUUUUAUUAAUACUAUUAAAUCAGCAAAGCAGUUCACAAAAGCUCUGAAGGAAGGCCAACCUCUUCCGCCUCCUCCCCCGCCAAGCAUCAAUCCAGACUAUAUUCAGUGUCCACACUGCUCAAGAAGAUUCAAUGAGGCUGCAGCACAGAGGCACAUAAAGUUUUGCGAAGAACAAGCUGCCUGCCGUGCCUUUGCUGCAAAGACCACCAGACGCGCUUUGGGCAAGCAACCAGUGACUCAGAGAAAACCCCCAACCUUAACAACUGCUGUGUUACCCCUUCAGAAGACAGAACAAGAAGGUGCCAAUACAGUCGAACCUAGGCCAGAGACCUCUCCAGGAAUACUGCAGAAAACCAGAAAAUCUUUGGGUGUAUCUACUGGAAAAAAAUCUUCAGGAAAGUUUGGGUAAGAAAUACAUUUUGAUUUCAACAUUGUAACAUAAAAGGAUCUCAUCUGUUUUUGUUAUAUACAAUAUCCUGUUGCAGUGUUUGCAGUAUGAACUUCUUUAUAUUAAUUAAAGCAAUCGAUUGCCCUGAAAAAUUUUGCAGAGCCCAGUCCCCAGUAUAGGCUGCUGAGAGGAGUCAUUUCAGUGUUAAAUGUUCUCUGAUUUGGAGCAACUCCAUCUCAGGUAGGCAGUGACUGUGUUCUGCCGUUAAAGCCAUCUUGAGAUUUGCUUCUUGGUAGUGCAAACCUCUCUAGCAGGUCUUGUGCUCUCGCGAUGUGCUUCCGUUGUCUGAGUGAGGAAGAUGGCAGCAACCGUUUCAAUAAUCACGAUGUCAGGAUGACAGUGUGGAGGUUCUUCCUUCUCCUCAAUGCUCACUUUCCCAGAC